AUGGCGUCCCAAACCCCUGCCGUUGUCAUGGACAACGGUACGGGAUACUCGAAACUUGGCUUCGCCGGCAACGACUCCCCCUCCUUCGUCUUCCCCACAGCGAUAGCUACGAAAGGCCCAACAGGCGGCAGCGGCGGCUCCGGCUCCGGCCGACCAGCUAUCGCGAACAAGCCCUCUUUUUUGACCGGCGGUGCUGGACCGAGCAGCCAUCUGUCUGGGAAGCGGGGUACUGAAGACCUGGACUUCUUCAUCGGUGACGAGGCCCUUGCUGCAGCGGCAGGCACGGGCUAUGGCAUCAACUACCCGAUCAGGCACGGUCAAAUAGACAACUGGGAUCUUAUGGAGCGCUUCUGGUCCAAUUCGAUAUUCAAAUACCUGAGGGUGGAACCAGAGGAUCAUCAUUUCCUCCUCACUGAACCGCCGCUAAACCCCCCUGAAAACCGUGAGGCCACCGCCGAGAUCAUGUUCGAGUCCUUCAACGUCGCGGGUCUAUACAUCGCUGUGCAAGCUGUUCUUGCACUGGCUGCAUCAUGGACAAGCUCCAAAGUCCAAGAUCGAUCUCUCACCGGUACUGUUAUCGACUCUGGAGCAGGUGUUACCCACGUUAUCCCCGUCGCCGAAGGUUACGUUAUUGGCUCGUCGAUUAAGAGUGUCCCCAUCGCCGGUCGCGAUAUCACCAAUUUCGUACAAUCCCUUCUCCGAGAGCGUGGCGAGCCUGAUUCGUCUUUACAGACCGCUGAGCGUAUCAAGGAGGAGUACUGCUACGUGUGUCCAGAUAUCGUCAAGGAAUUUGCACGCUUCGAUCGCGAAUCAGACGAUCGCUUCAAGCAACACACCGUCAACUACGCGAAUGGCAAGACUACGACAGUCGACGUCGGUUACGAACGCUUCCUUGCACCCGAAAUUUUCUUCAACCCAGAAAUCUACUCGUCAGAUUUCCUAACCCCGCUACCUACCAUCGUCGACAAUGUCAUCCAAACCUCGCCCAUCGAUGUGCGCAGAGGGUUGUACAAGAACAUCGUGCUGUCGGGUGGCUCAACGUUAUACAAGGACUUUGGUCGCCGCCUGCAGCGUGACAUCAGACACCUAGUAGAUGCCCGCAUCAAGGCGUCAGAAGCCAGGAGUGGAGGGGCAAAGAGCGGCGGCCUAGAUGUUCAGGUUAUAUCGCACAAGAGGCAAAGACAUGGACCGUGGUUCGGAGGCAGCUUGCUUGGUCAGACUCCAGAAUUCAAGAGCUACUGCCACACCAAGGCGGAGUACGACGAGAUUGGUCCCAGCAUUGUUCGGAGGUUCGCGCUGCUGGGUGGCCCAGGAAGCACAUGA